AUGGCGCCUUCAGCACACCCUGACCUGCCGCAACCUGCACAUCUCGAUCGCGACUCUGCGCUCGCCCGCAAAUUCGGCCGAGAGGUGACGAAUUAUUUCGGAGGCUCGCCAUUGAACAGACUGUCGUUCCUCCGAGAUGACUCUACCUUCCUCGCCGGAGCAUUCGCACACCCGUCGACGAAAUUCAUUCUCUUCAAAACACUUUCGCCGGUGAUCAAGUCGCCAACGGAGAUUUAUUAUGCGACAUACGACGAGAUUAAAACGCUCUUGCCGCGGAACCCCUUCGAGAAGACGGAAAAGGAGCAGAUCGCCGAGUUCGACUCAUCGAUAGACAUUCCGACACUGGUGUUCUUGGGAAUCGACGAGAAGAUCAAAGACGGGUUUGCAUACAAGAAUUUCCUGGGCGCGCCGCACUUCGCACUGGACAUGACGCCGAAGAAGACAUUUGAAAAAGAAGCCAACGAAUUGGCCGACAAGUUUUUGGGUGCAGGACUGAAAUUCGCCGAGGGCAUGAGAGCCAUGAGCUUUCCUCCUGACGUUGCCGCCGAAUACGCCCAAGGCCGACACUACCUAGACUGGAACUCCCGCAACACAUUCUGCGGGACGUGCGGCCACAAAACGCUGUCGACGCACGCCGGCGCCAAACGCGUCUGCCCGCCCACUGACAAGGCCGAGACGCCGUCAGAGCGCGAACCGUGUUCGACGCGAACGACCAUCUCCAACCUCACUUUCCCCCGAACCGAUCCCACCAUCAUCGUCGCCGUGCUCAGCCACGACAGCAAGCGGUUGUUGCUGGGCCGCCAAAAGCGCUGGCCGCCAAACUGGUAUUCGACCCUCGCCGGGUUCAUCGAGCCCGCGGAGAGCGUCGAGGACGCGGUGCGCCGCGAAGUCUGGGAGGAGAGCGGCGUCGUCUUAUCCCGCGUGCUCAUCCACUCGACGCAGCCAUGGCCGUAUCCUGCGAAUCUGAUGAUCGGCGCCAUCGCCCAGGUCGCCAGUCCCGAAGAUGAGGUCAUUCGUCUGGAAUACGAUCCCGAAUUGGAGGUCGCCAAAUGGUUCACCCUUGAAGAGGUCCAGGACGCGUUGAAGUAUGGCACGAGUGGGCUGGGGGAGGAGGCACCCGAGGGCUACAAGGAGGGCGGUUUGAGGCUGCCUCCGCCCACGGCUAUUGCGAAUCAGUUGAUCACUGCGGUUGUCCGGGGCGGGUUCCUCGAGGGUGUUACGCCGCUGGCGACGAAUAAUGGUGCCGACAAUAAGCUGUAG